AUGGCUGCACAGUCGGACGGGACAGGAGGGUCAGUUCCUCCACUGCUGCCGCUGCCGCCGCUGCUGGAUUUGGGUCAACGCCCAUGUGAUGGGGACAGGAAUGGGGACGGGUCGGCGGGAGGUCCCGGGGCGGCGGGGCCGAGCUGUUGCCACAGCUCGUGUGUACACUCGGUGAUCCGCCAGCGCCGGCGCUACUCACUGGCCGACUGUUGUUGGGUGCUCAGCUCUCUGCUGGUCUUCUUCUCGGACGGGGCGACGGACGUGUGGCUGGCGGCUGACUACUACCUCCGCGGCCACUUCUGGUGGUUCGGCCUCACCCUGGUCUUCGUCGUGGUGCCGUCGCUCGUCGUGCAGGUGCUGAGUUUCAGGUGGUUCGUCUACGACUACUCCUCGAGCCAGCCGCGGGGCGAGGCGGCGGCGGCGGCCGGGUCAGGAGCGCCUGCGGGCGGCGGCGGCAGCGACCAGGGACCGGCGGUCCAACACUUCAGCACCAUGGAGAGCGGCGCUCGGCCAGCCCGCACCUCGUCCUGCUGCCGCCUGUGUAUGUGGCUCUUCCAAUCCCUCGUCCACAUCCUGCAGCUUGGGCAGGUCUGGAGGUAUCUCAGAGCCAUGUACCUGGGGAUUCAGAGCCGCUGGCACAGGGAACAUGAGCGGAGACACUUCUACUGGAGGAUGAUGUUUGAGAGCGCUGAUAUCAACAUGCUACGCCUGUUGGAGACCUUCCUUAAAAGUGCCCCUCAGCUGGUGCUGCAGCUCAGCAUCAUGGUACAACGCAACCACAUUGGCAGCCUGCAAGGUCUAUCAGCAGCUGCCUCUCUCCUCUCCCUAGCCUGGAUGAUUGCCUCGUACCAGAAGAUCCUCCGAGACUCACGGGAUGAUAAGAUGCCCAUGACCUAUAUGGCUGCCAUCACGCAGAUCCUGUGGCACCUCUUCACCAUCGCUGCCCGAGUCAUCGCCUUCUCCCUGUUCGCCUCCGUUUUCCAGCUGUACUUUGGGAUCUUCAUCGUCAGUCACUGGUGCAUCAUGACCUUCUGGAUCAUUCACGGGGAGACGGACUUCUGCAUGUCCAAGUGGGAGGAGAUCAUCUACAACAUGGUGGUGGGCAUCAUUUACAUUUUCUGCUGGUUCAACGUCAAGGAGGGACGGACCCGGUGUCGGAUGUUCACCUAUUACUUCAUCACUUUUUUGGAAAACGCUGCCUUGACUGUGCUGUGGUACCUGUACAGAGAUUCCCCCAUCACAGACUUUGAAGCCUUAAUCAUCGUGUGUGUGGUGUUCAGUAGUUUUGCCCUGGGCAUUUUCUUCAUGUUUAUAUAUUACGGUGCUCUGCAUCCUAACGGGCCCAUGUUCGGUUCCCAAGGAGGGUGCAUCGACGGCGGGGAGCAAGAAGCUGUCACGCACAUACCUGCACAGGUGAUAACAAGCCCACCUCGAGCAAUGACUCAGUGCCGGACUACAAUGGGCGAACAGGUGCCGCCGGCUGAGCGGGACAGUUGCAUGCCUGUCUUUCAGGUAAGGCCCAACAUCCCUCCUCCAUCUGUGCCCCGAAUGUUACGGACAGAAGGGCCUGUGAUCAGGAUCGACCUGCCCAGGAAACGCUACCCAGCCUGGGACGCACACUUUAUAGACAGAAGGCUGCGCAAAACCAUCCUAGCCUUGGAGUAUACGUCACCCACCACGCCCUGCCUCCAGUACAGCAACAUUAGCUUCACGCACGAAGUACUGGAAUAUGAAACUACUGUGUAGUCACACUGUAUGCAAGCAGACGGAGGUGCAUGGAAUAAUCUUCCCCUUCUUCAGGGGGUCCAAGUCUUGGUAGAGUAAAGGCUGCACAAGCAGUGCCUCUCUCCCCACCAAACUACUGAGCUGGCUGUGGUCAAUACAGUGCGUGAAAAGCCCCCCCCCCCCUCUACAAACAUAUCUCUAACCAGAUGUAAUGUUGCCACCACAGUCGGACUCUGCCCGAGCAGUCAGGCCGGUUACUUUUCUGUUUGCCUUUUACAAUAAAUGAUUUUGUUUUUACUUUUGUUUUAAAGAAAAUAGGAACACGAUUUUGUGUCGCUCACUCUAUUGUGAAAAGUCACGAGCAGGUAAAAUGUACAGGUUCAAAGUGGGAAUUUACUUUUCCCAUUGUUCGAGGGGAAAAAAAAAACGUGGUUUGCAUGUGAUGUUUAAAGUACCAAGAUUGACUCCAGCUUAUUUUUCCUCCUUAACCGAUUAUUUUUUUAAAUGUCACAAAACCAUUUGCCAAAUAGUGAUCAAAUGUUACAAGAGUAAUAACAGUUUGAUAUGAUAUUCUGUAGAGGUUAAACGACACACGUUGUCUGAACUUUUAACACCUGUACCACACACAAGUCUAUUUUCUUGAUCUAAGGUAUGACGGAUCUGGCAUUGGAACUAUGUUCGACAGGCAGUUACUGGCAAGAUAGAGACUUGCGAUGUUCCGUACACACUGUCAUGGCAAAUCAGUGCAAC